UCAGCCGCGUCUAGGCCGGGGCGGGUCGCCAGGUGAGCGCGCCCCGGCGCUCGAACUGCGUCGCUGGCGACCCUGCACCCACCCGGCCGUCUCCUGGCCAUGGAGCAGCGCGCAGGGGGCGCUGCGGACCCUAGAGGGAGCAGAGGAGGCCCCGGCGUGCCCCCGCGCGCAGGCCCCAGUGCCCGUCAGCUCCUGGCGCGGCUGGACGCGCGCCCCCUGGCGGCCCGAGCUGCAGCCGAUGUGGCGGCGCUGGUGCGCUGGGCCGGCGCCUCAUUGCGCCUGCGCCCCAAGGAGGCUGUCAGCUUGCUGGAAUCUGCGGACAUCGAGGUCACGGACAGUCGUCUGCCUCAUGCACCUCUUGUAGGACACCAGACCCAGCAUCAUCGGUCAGAGACCCUGAGUAGGAGUAAGGUGCCACCCAUAGUGACCCAGGAUGAGGCACGUUGUGCUUCGAAGCCGUCCCAGGCCUCUGGUCGGUUCUGUGUGGAGCUGAUCCGUGGUUCUGAAGGCUUCGGCCUCUCCUUCAGUGGGGGCCGAGAUGUUGUGGCUGGGGAUGCUCCGCUGGCAGUGCGUGGGCUACUGGAAGAGGGGCCAGCACAGCGCUGCGGUCGUUUGCAGGCCGGCAACCUCGUGCUUCAUAUCAAUGGGGAGCCCACGCACGGCCUCACUCACGCCCAAAUCGUGGAGCGGAUCCGGGCUGGCGGCCCCCGCCUCCACCUCGUGGUCCGCAGACCGCAUGAGACCCACCCCGGCAAGCCGGAGAGGAUGGAAGGGCCUGGAAAAGGAGAUGGCAGCAUAGAUCCUGGGGGGCCGAAGGUGACGAAGUCUUGCAGCGCCAGCGCUUCCCCACUUCAGUACCCCGGGUCCCAGACGACAUCCAAGACCCGGGGCAGCCCCAAGCCCAGCCAAGAGGCGGCUACCGAAGGCGCUGCUGUUCCUCCUGAGCACCGCACAGAGGACCUGGACGACCAGAGCUCGGGUUCCCCAGGACCCUGGCUGGUGCCGAGCGAGGAACGUCUCUCGCGGGCCCUGGGGGUCCCCGGGGGCUCCCGGCUAGCUCUGGAGAUGGCAGCCGGUAGGCGUAGUCACUAAGCAUGCAUCAGACGGCUCUGUGCUCACUUGGGACGGCCCAUCCCGGUCAGGCGUGCCCCACCUGCCGCGCCCUAGCAUCUCUGGGAGAGCCACUGACCAGCCCGCUCUCCCCUCCCGGCGUCAGUGGUACGGCCCUCCCUGACUGACCAGCCCUAAGCUUAGUGUCCCGGGCGGGGGAAGCAAUAAAAUGGUUCGAUCCA